AUGGCAUGCAUGCAAGAGGACUUGGUUGACCACAAGGACAUGAAGAAGUUGGUGGAGCAUCUGACAGCCGCGAUGAGCUCUUACCUGGCUGGCGACCCGGCACACAGAUUGAAGCUGAUGGGCGACCAUGUGGACGUGUUCGAGAUUGAGGACCCAGAUCAUCCUGCCAAGCGGUGCACUGCCAACCUGCAGUGGCUGGGCCUGCGUCCCCAGGAGCGUGGCUUGCGCGCCAAAAAGGAUCUGGCGCAGUGGCACGUGCUUGGGGAGUACUGUGGAGUGGUCAAGACUGGCGCGCAACUCGAGUUGGAUGCCAUUGCCGCCUGCGCCAGCGAUGAGCGGGUCACGGGCUACAUCAUCAAAGACAAGGUCGAGGCAUUCGACACCGACGUGGCGCUGCCAGGGGACCAUUGGGCCAUCGGCAGGGAGAUCGUAAUUGACGCAUCCAGAGCGCGCAAUUGCCUGGCACUUAUCAAUGACCCGAGGGGCUUCCCUGGAGGGAAGAUGGCCAAUGUAAUGUCGGUCCAGGUCCUCGACUGCGCGACCGGCCAGCUCCACCUGUUUAUCAUCACCAAGCGUCCAGUCAAGGCAGGGGAAGAACUGCUGUUGGACUAUGGAAAGAAUUACUGGGAGAACAUGGAUGCGAAGGUGGCCUGCGCAAAAAGAGCUGCGGCGGACAAACAGAGAUUCGCAGCUCUGGAGGCUGCCCUGGGAGACGCCAAGAAGCUGGCGGAUUCUGAGAACAAGCGCUGCCUGGAGGCACAUGGCCGCCUGAAGCAGCGGGAAGAAGAGGUGCAGCGUUGUGGGGGAGAGUUGAAGAAAAAGGAAGAAGAGCUGAAGCAUCGUGGUGGAGAGGUGAAGCUGCGUGAAGGCGAGUUGAGGCAGUGCAGAGAGGAGCUGAAGCGGCGCGGAGAAGAGCUGAUGCAUUGCAUAGAGGAGCUGAGGCUGUCUGGAGGGAAGCUGAGGCAGCGUGAGGAGGAGCUGAGGUGCAUGUGGCACGCACGAGAAGCUCAGGUGACGGAGGUGCAGGGGAGUAGGCAUGCGCAGGAGAAGAGCAACGCUGCACUGCAGGACUGCAUGCAUGUGCUGCAUGAGAAGCAGGUAGAACUGACCCGCCUGCAAGCAUCCAACUGCAGCGCCAACCUCCUACGGCAGGACAUAAUCGCUGCUGAGACAAAGCUCCGCGCACUGGAGCAACGGCACAAGGCCGAGUCCGAGGCGCGCAUGCAUAAGGAGGCUGAGCUGGAACGCCAGGUGGCGCACUACCACAGUGCAGCGGAGACCGCAGAGCGCCAGGCCGCCAGUCUUGCAUCGGCCCACGCACAGGACGUUGAGACCAUCGCAACACUGCAAGCCGCCAAUAAAAGCCUCAUGCAAGAGCUGGCCCGUCCACAGAAGCGCGCAUUCUGUCCGCCGCCGCUGCAGCUGCCGCCGAUUGCGGCUGCUGUCGGACAGGUUGUAAAUGCGCGCUGUCUUGAUCAGCCUGCAGCACCGGAGCCAGGGAUCCCAGCCGUUGAUGAAGCCACCAAGCAUGGAGCAGCGGGGGACUCCACGGCAGAGACUGGAGAGAAGCAGCCUGACCUGGAUGAUCUUCUCGCGCGGAUGAACAUCGGCAAGGGGCUGCGCACGGGCCAGGAGUCUUCCAUAUUUGAGAAGCCUAUCAAGGGAAUACCUUCGAAUCAGCCAGCCUUUGUCACCCAAGCCGCGCUUGAGAGGGGCCUGGAGCUUAUCGCCCCAUCGCUGCCCACGUCAGCCGGCCUGCCCAAUGACCGUACCAAUGAGCUGCCCGGAGCAGCAGCCGCACACAAUCAGCAGGUGGCACACGCCAGGCAGGCAGAGGUCAACCAGAGGGAUGAGGAAGAGGGCGCAGAAGUUUCGAAAAGGAGCUGCUACGACUGCUGCUCCAAGAUGAGCAUGCGCAAGAUCAAUGCAGCGGAGGGGCGCAGCCCAGCCGCCGAAAGCAAAGCGCACAAAGCGCACACCGGACGCGCAAGCUCGGGGCAUGAGCCCCGCAGCGGCCGUGACAGGCGCGAAAUUCAUGCCGGGAAUGAAAAGCGCCGUGCCGACGGCCGCGGCGGAGAUUACUGCAGGCACUACUCCCCUGAUGAAAGGGCCAUCUAUCGGGGCGGCUACCGCGGCCGCAGCCGCUUCCGCAAACGCAGUCGCGGCCGCAGCCCGGGCGUCAGCCGCAGCCGCAGCCGCACCGGAGGCCGGACAAGGAACUGA